GUAAUCCUUCUAUUUUUCUUUCGAAGUAUCUCAACAUUGCAGUUUGCUACAUGUUGUGUUUGUGUGUUCUUUUAUAUUCGAUCUUAUAAGUCAUUCUAUCUUGAAUUUCCGUUAACAAAAAAAGUUUCUUUCUGUCGACAUGAAAAGAUGUUUUUUUUUUCUUUUUUAUAAGCAAUUCGACUUUUGUCGUAAAAACCACGCCAAGCAUUUUUCUCUCUCAUCUCAUCGCCAUUAAUCUAGCGUUACUCCACAUUAUCUGUUCAUCCAAUACUUCACUUCACUUGCAAAAGUUAAUGCUGUGAAAAUUGCAAUCGACAAAAUCGCUCGUCGUUUUCUCUUAUUUCUCCAUCUAGUUUAACAACCACCACACUUCCGUCGAAGGAUCUACAAUUUAAUAGGUCCUAAAAGUUAUUUCUAACCAUAUAAGUUCUUCUGGAAACCAUACAUGGAAGGCAAACAUGAGGUUAAUGACCGCAAAACUUUGUUGCUAGUAACUCACAGUGGUGAAGCCACAGAGGGAUUCUUUCACUGUUGAUCAUUAUAUACUGAUACCGCCGAGACGAAAUAUAGUAAAUCACCUUCAGUUAUUCUUAAGACAAUGCUUAAGGCCCCUGAUCAUCAGGUUGCAGGCCAUCAAGCUCAUGCUGGAAAGCUUGGGCCACUCGUAGAUGGUUCUGGUUGCUUCUACAAGCCCCUACAAAGUGGCGAUCGCGGCAACAUAGAGGCUGCUUUCUAUUCUUCAUUCUCUUCCAAUAGCAAAGUCCCGACUCAUAUUCGUCGAUUUUUUCCCACUUUCCACGGAACCCAGCUUCUAGAAGCUUCUGAUGGAUCUGGUAUGCACCCUCACCUUGUUUUGGAAGACAUUGUCUCAAAUCGCCUGGACCCAUCUGUUAUGGACAUCAAGAUGGGGUCAAGAACUUGGUAUCCCCAAGCUUCAGAAGACUACAUCAUGAAAUGCCUUCAGAAAGAUAGAGAAUCAACAAGUGUGGCCUUGGGUUUCAGGAUAUCGGGUUUACAGACCUUUGAAAGUGAAAAGCUUGGUUACUGGAAACUUGAUAGGAAUGCCGUCCAAGAUUUUACGUUAGAAGACGUUAAGUUGACUUUAAAGAGGUUUGUCUCCUCCAACCCGUCAUCAAAUGCAGAACCUGAUUGUUUACUUGCAUCAACAAUUUAUGGUGGGUCGGAUGGGAUUCUGGCACAAUUGUUAGAGCUGAAAGCAUGGUUUGAGGAUCAGACAAUACACCAUUUCUACUCUUGUUCCAUUCUUAUGGUGUAUGAGAAUGCAGGGGUGGGAGAGGAAGGGAGUCGAUCCCGCACGGGUGCGGAAGUUAAGCUUGUUGAUUUUGCUCAUGUUGUGGAUGGAGAAGGUGUCAUUGACCAUAAUUUCUUGGGUGGGCUCUGUGCUUUGAUAAAAUUUGUGUCAGAUAUACUUCUACCAACGGGUGCGGAAGUUAAGCUUGUUGAUUUUGCUCAUGUAGUACUAGUUUCUUCUACCAACAGGUCUCAAGCUGAAGGUGAUCUAAAGGAACAGCCUAAGGAAGCGUAGGCAGUUCGAGAGAAAUGACACCCUUAGUUGGUGGUAACUGGUAAGCACUACUCGAUGUCUUUCAAAAAAAAAAAUUUAUACCAGAGCUGAUUGAACUCUCUUUACCUUUUAGAAGCCUUUUGAUGGAGUUUACUUAUACCAAGAGUAGUUUGGUUAGCUUAUCAUAGAUUGCUCUGUAAAGGUAUUAUUUCUCCACUUAUCUAGACUCAUUCUCGGGGUAAAACUUUAUUCUAUCAUUAAAUAAAUCCAGUGAUCCUGGAAACUGAUUGAUGCUGUAAUAGGUACAUUGACUUGAUGAAUACUCUCUGUUUCUCUUUUCUUCUUCUGGGUUAAAUUUGAAGUAGUAGAUGUGGUAAUUUCUUGUCCCUCU